UAGUUAAGAUGACUACUUGCUUCGGUUCGGAAAUCAUGAUCUAGAACUAUGGACAGCUAAAACUUCCUGUUCCCAGUCUAACGAAAAGAAUGAUCACGAUCAGCGUAGGAAUCACAGCGAAGUGGUUUCCUAAUGUGCUUUCUGAAAUUAGGAGAUAGGAUAAACAACAAACUGAGGGCCAUGAAUAAGCUAACAAAUAUUGUUCACUCUGGAUGGAUGACCAAAUCGCCUCCCGAACAAAAGCUGCAAGCACCACUGAAAUUUCUUCGCGCGAAAUGGAAGGCCCGAUUCUUUGUCCUUCACAAGCCCUCAGGCAGUCUGCCGGAUCACUACGAGCUGAGCUAUUACAACUCAGAUCAGUGUACCAAGAAAAAAGGAUCUAUAGACCUUGACCAGUGUGAGCAGAUCAUUGAGUCACUUGACUCAGAGCAGUAUCCAUUCCUCCUUGCCGUGAAGACUGUUUGCAGAGGAAAGGUACGAACUUACUAUCUUGCAACAUCCACAGAAGACGACAUGAGCAACUGGGUACAGUGUCUCUGUCGUGUGUGUGGGCUUAAGCAGGAGGAUACACCUACAGAUAUUCCAGAUAGUCGAAUGAGCAUGGUUAAUGAGCUGGGUGUUACAAGCAGUGGUACUGUUCCAGUUGCCAGCCCUGGCAAAAAAUCCUCUGGUGACUUUUCCUCGCCUAUCAUCACACAGCCAACUGGCCAUGACUUCCCUUCCAAUGGUUCAUCAUCUUCUCACUCGACUUUGCAGUCCCCGGCAGUCUUGUCCACCUCUCCCCAGUCCUAUGUGUUGCUGAAUGAAUGUACAACUGGGGAUUCUUACAAAAGAACAGAGAGCAUAGAUAGUGUUCCUGAGUACCAGGCACCUCCCCCUCCACAGAAGGUUGGCCGCAGCACACUGGGCAGCAAUGCCACUACCAUCAGCAGCAGUAAGACAAGUCUUGACGAUAAUGUUUUUGAUCCACAUGAAGGCACCCAACGAAGGUCAGUGUGUGGCAAUGAUAUUUAUGACCAUCCACCACCCUCUGAUAUUUUGCACCCGGUUCCACUGCCCUUGCGUGAACGAAGUCCCAUUUCCACUCAUUCCAGCGUCAGCGAACGACCUGACUCAGCUGAUUCAGGGGGCUGUCGUCUUAGUGACAGCUAUGAUGUGCCCCCAGCAAGGAGGAGCCAUGACUCACAUUUACCGUCCACAGCAUUGCCUACUCCACCUCAGCGACCACCUAAACCACAUGGUGUGAGUCAGUCUCCAUACCAAAAUGUGGGUGGAAGGAGUCCAGUCUCAAAGAAUAUCCUGGAUGUUGUGCCUAGUGCCCCUAAAUCAUCUGGGAACCUCCUUAGCUAUGAUAUCCCUCGUACAAUGAACAUUGCUCCACCCAGAGAAUCAGCUGGUCUUGAUUUUGCACCACCACCACCGCGGCAUAUUCCAUCAAGACCAGGUAGUCAUGCGUACCUGAACACGGUUCCUGGCCUUGGUGCUGCCCAUGGUGCAGUUGGCGACUCUUCACUAAAGAGGGCUGGAGAAAGCAGCAAGGGAGUCUUAGCAGACUUCAUGGACAGAGUGCCACCAGUGCCUAGAGAAUCUGAUAUGGGCACUGGAGCUCAAGACUUGUACAAAUCUCCGCCACUGCGGCCAGCACGCUCCGAAACCAUGCCAAGAACACAACCAUCUUCUACAGCCUGGGGACCUUCAGGACAAGUUGCUAUUGAGGCAGAACAGCAAAUAUGGAGCACAACACGCACAAAGAGUUUCAAGCGAAAUGCUGAAGUGAGCCGUUCACCUCGUCCUGCCAGACCGCCUCCACUGGAACCACGUCGUCCUCCACCACCACAUUUAACAGGAGUUGCAUCCAGUUCUGAUGAUGACGAUGUGUCAAUUGAUGGAAACAAUACCCAUCAUGACAUCAGUGUAGUUCGAAUGAGCUCUGUUCCUGCUGCUCCUGAGCGGGACAUGGAGCCUGAGCUGAAAUACCUUGACCUUGCUCUUGAACACCCAGAACCUGGCCGUGUGCAGCCUGCUCCUCAUGUGCAUGGCUCACAAACUGAAUAUCGUGAAAUAGACUUUAUCAAAACGAAAGCCCUUCAGGACGUCAAGAAAGUUCGUAAACUUCAUGGAAAGUAGAUUUUAUGGGACUUAAUUACACAUUCAUGGUUUAUGAUCUGUACAAUAAGUCUUGGGCCUUAAAGUGUGUAUAUUUGAGGAUGUGUAGCGGGUAAAGGCCUAGAAGAGUGUAUCUUGUGGAUGUUUUCUGCAAAUGGCGUUGUCACAAAGACCUCAGUAUUCAAAUAUUCAGUGAUACUAAGUGACACUUGUUUAAGUCAGUUCUUGUAAAGAUGAUGACAUGAUACCAUCUUUCGUCUGUUAUUUUAAGAAACUUUUUUUUAAAAGUAGAGUUGCUUUCGUUCAUGUAGUAUGCACCCUAGGAAAACUGUUAAUUAUGUUACAAGUUUUGAAUUAUAAAAAUAAAAGGGAAGAUGUUACAAAUGCUUGGGGCUUAGGAGGAUCAUGGGCUCCAUUAAACAUGCAUAGAAUAUGGGUUUGUCAUGGCAACACGUAUGUCAAGUAUUUUUGCUGCUUGUUCUCAAGAAAGUUAAUUAAAAUUGCAGCUUAAAUAUUGGUAUUUACUAUGUCUCAAGUUUACUAUGUCUUGUUUGACAUUGCUUCUAUCUUUGACCACAGUCAAUUAAGUAUGUGGAAUCUUCUUGUUGAAGGCAAAAGUGAAUGGAAACUAAUUGUGUGCUUACAAAAAAGAAUUUUUGAUUAGCUCUCUGUAACCAGCCAGUCAUUUGAGGGAAUCAAGACAAUAGGCAACAGCCUUAAUUCAUUUCUUAAGCAGAGUUAAGUCUGCUCAAGCAUACCAAUGUGAAUUUCCACUUAGCUGAAAUGAACUUACAAUUAGACAAUUUUUGAAUUUAUUCAUGCACACCAGCUCAGGAUCUCUUGGUAAUGAAUGUUUUAAAGCCCUUAGAAACUGCUGUUAAUGGAUGUAUUUACUUUGGCUGGUUCUUGGUAAUGUGUUACAGUGUUACACCAGUAGUUCAUCAAACAACAAUCUACAAAAGCAACAAUUGUCUUCGUACCUUCUAUUUAUUGGAACAUUACUUGUAUGCAAGCUUUGAUGAGAUAAAAUAAUAUAUUUAUGAGCAAAUUUUCUUCAUCAGAAGAGAAGAAUAACAGAUAAACUUGACAAAUUUUAUUCUGUAUAGAUUUUAGGUUAUAUUUUUUAUGGGAAGUGUGUUUUAUUUUUAGCAUGGAGCUUACUGGGAAGAUAAAUGACUCUUCUAAGCAUACUAAACAUCAAUUAUCCCAGAUUAAGGAAAGAAUUACCCAACAUGUAGUCAUGCAAUCUGUUACUGAAUUCUAUCAUUUGGAUAAUUUGUUAGACUUUAGUUUUGAAUGUUUAUAAUCAAUAUUGCAGUACCCAUGAUGUUGAGAUAUUAAAUCUCUUCACCAUUAGCCUGUGUUCUCUGUUAAGUGUUCAUGCAAGGCUCAAGACUCGUUAGGAAAUGGCUAGUACUGCAAAAUGUGAAUAUUUGCUUUUGAUGUCUUCCUGAUCUUUUGGAGAGAUAUGCAAAACAAUGUGUUUUAUUUCUAAUGGGGAAAAAAGGAAGUCAGUGAUUUACUUUUGGAAAAAUGUCUUUCCUAUAAAAGAUUUUAGAAUGUAACAGAAAACAGGAAGAAACAAGAUUAGGAUAGUGAAUAAGAAUAUGCUUUCUAGUAUGUUAAUGACAUUCAAAGAUACCCAAUGAAUGUCAUCACAUCAUUAACUGCUUCCAUUUGUUGCAGGACAUCUCCCCUUUAACAUGUCUCUAGUUUGGGUUACUUCUAGAACAGUGGUUCUUAACCGGGGUUCUAUCAAACCUUAGGGGUUCGGUGAGUCGGUCUCAGGGGUUCAGCGGAGCCUCCGCCACGGAGGUCAAGACACACCAGCAAUUCGUGAUGACACGAAAGAAGGGUUCAGUGAAUGUGCAUAUGAAACUUGUGGGUUCGGUACCUCAAACAAGGUUAAGAACCACUGUUCUAGAAGAUAAAUGAUCAGUUCUCUUUUCUCAUUUUUCUUUGAUUCCUAAUUUUUGGUUAAAAGCAGAACAAUUACAGUCAUUAAAGAGAACCUUAGGAAAAAACACACUUUGAACACUACUAUAAGCAGAAUCGUAUGAAGAAAAGAGUUGAGAAAAAGAAAGUGAAGAUCAUUUAAAAAAAAUUGUCAUACUUUAAUUUAUAAUUUUUUUUCAUAUAAAUUCUGUACAGUGAUGGUUGGUUCAAUUUUUUUGUUUUGGAAGUAGUUAUAUGAUUAGAAGUCUAAAUAUGUAGGCAUCUGCAUAAUAAUAAUAAAGUGAUCAAAGAUCAUAACAGUAAUAAAGAUUUAGUGUUCAAUUUUUUAAAGUUUGAUCAGUUUCAUCAUUUUUCUGCUAUAAUAAUACAUAGAUAUUAUUAAUAUUUGUAUGCUGUUACUCAUAUUCAUAAUUGUUGUAAUGUAGUUGGUGGUAUCAUGUGUAGUUUAUGCUUGUAGAUUGUGUCACAUAAAUUAUGUAUAUACUACUUUUUGGAGGGUUAUCUCCAUUCAUUUUCCUUUAAAAUAUUAAAGGUUUGGAUGCAUGUUUUUUCUAAUUUAUACAUAUAUUUGUAUAUAUGUGCAAAUAAUUGCAUAUAUAGGUAUCUCAAAACUGAAGUUACAGAUACUUGCAUAAUUUAGACUGGGUACGUGCUAGAUCUGGCUUAUGAGUAAGCUGCAGGUCUAAACAGAAUUUUAAGACUAACCAGAAUCUUCUUGAAUGAAUGUGAAUUUACACAUUGCAGAUGGGAAACGAUGUGUGUAUGUAAUAAUAAUAUAUAAUAUAUAUGUAAGAAUCAGGCUGAAGCUAAUGUUCUACGUUGUUCUCAUCUGGCUCUUUUUUUGUAGCCAGAGCUAAGCUAACAAUCGUGAACACAGUUUUGAAGUCUAGCAAUCAGCAAUUCAUUUUGGAUAAAGAUCUCAAUAAUUGAUCUUAAACUGCUGGAGUACAUGAAAGAGGAUGGUGUCUGGCAAGAGUAUGUACCAUAUGUACAUUUAAGCUCUUCUGUUUUUUUAUUUUUUUUUUUUCACGUUUCCUUGCAGUUACCACAAUGAGGAGUGAGCCUGGUAAAUAAGCAUGACUCGAUGCUUUUGCUUGAUGUUGGGUAGAAAAUUUUUAAACAGGUUAUCAAAAUGAAAGAAGGCUUGUAAUAAUAAAAAUGACAGGCAGAAAUAUCAUACAAAGGGUUGUGCCUACCUAUUUUCAUUUAUGAAACUUCAAGACAUAAAGAAGUAAGCAUCAUUCUUUACUUCAAAAAUAUAGCAUUUCACCAUGAGUUAAUGUAAGCAGACUUUAUCCAGUGUCUAGGGUAGGGAUGGGCAAAGUAUGGCUUGCAGGUUUCACCCAUCCUGCAAACAAACGUCUUUGGACCAGCCCAUCUUCCAAAAUGUGUUGUUAUUUUUGUUUGUUUUUUGUAUUUAUUUAUUUAAUCUUAAUUUAUACAACAGACAAAAGUACAGAAUUAACAAAUACUGCAGCUGACAUAGCUGAUGAGUUGUGAGAGAGCAUCAGUGUUAGCUGUCUUCAACGGAAAGGCUGGCAGUAACUUAUCAUGCAGUAUAAUUAAUCAUUUUGGUUAAAUGUCUGACCACUUUCACUGGCGUUGUGAUAGGCCUCAGACACAAAGUGUCAUCAGUACAAAUCGAAAACUUUGUGGGCUUAGCAUAUUUCUGUUCUCUUCCCAAAGAAUCUAAUAAUAGUCAUAAGUUCAUUCAUUGUGCAAAAGGUUGCAGUUUUGCACAGUAUCAUGGCAGUUGGGUGACUGGAAAAAGAGAAAGGUUGAUGGAAUGUCGACAUGGUAUUUUUUCACUGAUAUUUGGAAUAAAGUGGUAUGCUUAAUUUGCCAGGAAAACACCCCAGUUUUUGAAGAGCACAAUCUGAAGUGACAUUUUAACACAAAACAUCCAGAAUAUUGCAGUGCACUCUGAAGAAUCAAGGGCAAAAAUGUUGUGCCAAUGGGUGGAACAGUUGAAGAAACAACAAAAUAUUUUUACCGAACAGAGCAAAUCCAGAAACAAAAGCAAGUUUUAUUGUAGCUUAUUGCAAAAGAGAACAGGGCACUCGUGAACAGUGAGUUCCUUAAGAAAUGCAUGUUUAGAUGUGACUGAAAUCCUGUCCAGAGAACUUAAAGGAGUUUGAAAAUAUCAGUUUAUCUAGGAAAGCAAUAAUGUGCCGAAUAGAGUUCAAGGAACUUGAUUUUCUGGUUAAAUGAUAACUGGUAUAACACAGGAACUGCUUUUGAUAGAGUCGGUGAAAUACUUUACGACAGGUGAGGAUUCGCUUAUGAAAGUGAAAGGGUGCAUCAAGAAAUGAGGGCUUCCAUGAAGAAAAUUGAGAAGUGUCACUACUGAUGGAUCUCAAAUUUAACAGUGAAGAAGAUUUGUCUUAUGACUAGAAUUCAGCAAACUGUUCAUGAAAUAUAUCAAGACCAGUCUCCUUUCUACAUUGCAUUAUGCAUCAAGAAGCACUGUGAAAACUUAUUAAAUAUUAACCAUGUUGUGAAUACUACAAUGAAAAUUGGAAACUUUAUUCGAACAUGAAGGCUCAACCACUGACAGUUUAUCUCAUUGUUGGAGGACAUUAUAGAUGAUCACAAAGAUGUUCCCUACAACAUAAAUGUCCAGUAGCUAAGCUAGGGAACAGUUGCUAAGAAAGUUUGGUUACUCUGAGAAGAAAUAGUUCAAGGCAAAUGCUUUCCAUGAAUUUUGUGAUCUCUGUUGCCAUGCAGAUUGUGCCUUUCUUGUACAUCAUGGACCAUCUGAACAAACUCGGUGUGUAAAAAUAUUCUUGUUCAAAAAUUAUAUUUUGCUCUGGCUGCAUUUGAACGGAAACAUUAUCUCAUUUCAAACCAACUGAAGGAAGGAAAAUGUAAACACUUUCUACCCUGAACUCAUUGACAGUUGGAGUCUGUGAAGCAAGAAAAUAUGGGAAAAAGUUGAGUGAAAUGUGACGGGAAUUUUCACAAAGUUUCAGGGAUUUCAGAAAAUCAGAAAGUUAAAAGUAUUGUCAAAUCCAUUUACUAUGAACAUGGAAUGUCCACCAGAUAGUUUGCAACUUGAGCUAUCAAUUUACAGUAUUGAGAGAUCCUUUUAAUUUUGAAAAUGUUUACUAAUUAAGAAAACAUUUUUAAACUUAAAAGAAUUUGCCUAAAGAAUGAUGAUGUUUGCAUCAAUGGUAUGUGUGUGAACAGGCAUUUUUGGGUCACAAAGCUAAAAGACUUGCAUCGUAAUUAAUCAUUUUGGUUAAACAUCUGACCACUUUCACUGGAGUUGAUGGCCUGGGACACAAAGUGUCAUCAGUACAAAUCGAAAACAUUGUGGGCUUAGCAUUUUUCAGUUCUCCCCCCAAACAAUCUGAUCCUAGUCAUAAGUUCAUUCAUUGUGCAAAAUGUUGCAGUUUUGCACAGUAAGUUAGUAUCGUGGCAGUUGGGUGACUGGAAAAAGAGAAAGGUUGAAAGAGCAUUCGUGCAUGACAGAUGAGAAUUUUGCUAUAAUUCUGGAAAUUGCCGUGUGACUAGAGACAUUGACUAGAGGUUGAAAGGCUUAUAAGCAAAUUUAAACAACUUUUUUCCACAUUAAAUUUGGUGUAAACUCCAUUAUGUACAAAUUUUCUUUUUAUCCCAUUUUCACUCUGUUUGUUAUGUAGUCACGGUAUAGGGGUUUUGGUAUACCAGAAUUUUGAGACUGGCGUACAAAAAGAGGACUUUGCCUACCCCUUGUCUAGCGUUUAUCUUCAUGUAAAGUACAGUAAACUGGAAAGCACUUUAAGUUUUAUGGAAAAAAACCAGCUGCAUAAUGAUGAAGAUUGUUGUGACUGGGACUGCUUGUUCAAGUGAAUUUCCUUUGUGCCAAUAAGCGCUGCUAAAAAAAAAAACAACCAAACAUAGCAACAGAAUGGAAUGACAGAUAUUUUUUUACAUGGCUUUUAAAGCAACUUUUUUCAUAUCAGCUAUGCUGGUUAUUAUCCCUCAUGGGGUACUUUUUUUUCUUGCAGAUCAUCCUUUCCUCUUUACUGUGACAUUAAAGUUUGACUCAGACUUUGUUUCAUGUCGCUUACACUUCACAAGUUUUACGUUAUAGUGAAUAAUAAAAUAUUUGAAUUUGUAGGGGGCAUUUCUUUCUAUGCUCAAUGUGAAUGAAAGACUAUAAAUGACGUGACAGUCAACCAUACAUAACAAGAAACAAUUCUCAGCAAAUGAAUGACCCCAUGACAACAUAAAGUGUAUGGAUGAAGAUUAAAGAACUGAGGAGUGAGUGGAAGAAUUUGCUUAUUAGCAAGUGAGUUAGGCUGUACAUUUUUGUCUUGAUCUUGAAACAAGGAAAAAUAAGUUAUUUUGCAGACAGAAAUCCAAUGAAGAGAGUGGGGCAACCAGGCUUGCCACUUUUGAGUGGAUUUUAGUGUUUAUGAUGUUCAGAUGUUGAUAAAUGAAUAUAAUAUAAUAAACAAAUUCGUAAACAAAGAUCUCGAGUUGUGUGAAAUUGGCGAAUAAAAAGAAAUUUCAGCUAGCUUCCAUGCUCAUUAACAUGGCCUCAAUUAGCUGUCGCCAUUAAUGCAACACAAGAAAUUAAAUAUGUCCUUUCACUGUUCAUGCCUACUGCAUAUCUUCAGUCUCUUGUUAGUACCAUGUGUUAGAUUUGAAAACUUUGGGGAUCAAAUUUUUUUUUAGGGAAAUGUGGGAGGGAAUAAUAUUUGGAUUUAAAAAAAAAUUCUCUCCUCUAAGUUCCGAGCAUUUAAGUUAGUUAUAAAAAGUUCGUAAUGUAUUGUUUAUUGUUUAUCAUUUGGUUUUUUUAAUUGCAUACCUUCUUUAAAAUUAUUCUGCAAUGGGAGCUUCCUCUGAAAGGGUCAGGCAUCUGAAAAUGAACUAUUGAUAUUAUUUAUUACUAAUGACUGAGAUAUUUUUGUUUUUAAAUGCCUAACCUGUAUCUUUUAUUCGUAUUGAUACAUGUUUGUGCACAUUUUUAGGACUUCAAAAAAUCAUUGAAGACAAAUGAAGCAAGAUACCAUUAUUCUAUAUUCUAACAUCAGUACUCUUUUGAUAUAUCUGUUUCAGUGAGUGAUUAUGAAUACUGAUUGUUUUUACGCUAACCAGUUUCUGUUAACUAAUUCUUUCUAUGUUGCUAGCUAAGAAAGAAAUGUUAAAAUCUUUUAAAGACAUGUACAUUUUAAAAUUUCACUCUGCUAAACAUACAAAAUUCAAACAACUUUAAUAUUACUUGCCUUUGUUUGGUUUUGUUUUCAUUGACUGGAUAUGCCUGAGUAUUGCUUUUCAUGCCUGAAUGGCGGAUUGUUGAUGGUCGUUGAAUGGUGAAUAUAAUUGAAUAAAAUUGUGCCUAGUAUGUGUCGAAUAGAAGCCUUAUUAAUACUGAUAGCUAUUAUUAUUAAUAUAUGAUGCGAAUUGUGAUGAAAAUUUAUUUGUGAAGUGUUACACUUCCACAUGUUUAUAUUUUGAAUUAUCCUUUAUUUUGAUAGACAGCCAAUUCGACAUACUUGACCCCAUGAGUGCAACCUGUUAGAAAACCAUGUGCAGCAUAGCUUGCUAUUUCCUUGUGAACUGGAUAACUAGUUGCAGUAUAAUAUCAUCAAAUAUGUAAAUAAAUUCUGGUGUAUAUAAA